GGUUGGGAGCCUGAAGGGCUUGCACAGUGCACUUCCGGCCUGCGCUCCUUCGCGGCAGCGGCCGAGCCAGCGCGGCGGGGCAGUUCAGCGAGCUGCUCCUCGAUGGACGGAGACUUCCUGCUGGCGCUGCGGUUACAGGCGCAGUGGGAGGAAGAGGAAGCGGCGGCGGCGGCAGCGGCCUGUAGCGAGUCCCCGCCCGGCUCCGCAGCGCCGCCGCGGCCGCUCUCCGUGGUGGACGAGGCCUGGGAGCUGCUGGACCCGAGCCCCGACGUACGCGGCCUCUUCGUGCAGUUCAACGAGACGCUGUUCUGGGGGAAGCUGGCGGCCGUGGCGGUGACGUGGAGCCCGCGCAUGACGCUAUGUGCUGGAGUGUGCAGCUAUGAAGGAAGAGGUGGGAUGUGUUCCAUCCGCCUUAGUGAGCCACUCUUAAAGCUAAGACCAAGAAAGGAUCUUGUAGAGACACUCUUACAUGAAAUGAUUCAUGCCCUAUUAUUUGUCACUAACAAUGACAAAGACCGUGAAUCCCAUGGGCCAGAGUUUUGCAAACACAUGCGUCGUAUCAAUCGCCUGACUGGAGCCAAUGUUACAAUUUAUCACGACUUUCAUGAUGAGGUGGAUUCAUAUCGCCAACACUGGUGGCGAUGUAAUGGCCCAUGUCAGAGUAGAAAACCUUAUUAUGGAUAUGUGAAACGUGCAAUGAAUAGGGCACCCUCUGCGCGAGACUUCUGGUGGUCUGACCACCAACAGACCUGUGGAGGCACAUUCUCAAAAGUAAAGGAGCCAGAGAACUAUUCUAAAAAAGGCAAGGAGAAAACCCAGCUAGCCAAGCUUUCAAACUCUCAGCCAUCUGAUACCAAAGGAAGGAUACAUGGAGGUGAUAUACGAAGCCUAAUUCCUUUUAGUGGAAAGGGAUAUCAGCUUGGAGGAGCAGGCCUUUGGUCCUCCGAGAGUCACAAAAGUUCCAACAACAGUAUUAAGGGCAGAGAAAUACCCAGUCCACAAUGUUAUUCAGCAGCUGGAACUGCAAGAUCAGUUCCUAAAAAUGAACUAAAAUUUGAACCAAACAUAUUCAGUACCAGCAUUUCCCAUCCAGUUUUUACUGAUAGCUCCAAGCAUAAAAACAGCUUUGCUUUGAACCACAAGUUUCCUAAAAUAUCUGUCGCUAAUACAAAAGCUUACAGGAAUGUUGAUGGGUCGCCUGUUAAAAUUCCUCCUGUUAAUGGAGGAAAUUUGAACCAAAGUCCUACAAACGCUAAGUCGGUUUUUCCAUCUUUUAAUGAGACACCAAAACGAACUUCCUUUGGACAAGCUGAGACAACUCCAAGAUCCUGGGUUUCAUCCCAGGGAAAUAGCAGCUUUGAAAGUGAUGGUAUACCACAGAAACGGCCAAAAAUGGAAGACAAAUCUGCCUUUGUAAACUACUUUAUAAAGAGAGAGAGUACUGAUGGCACUUUUAGAACUAGUACUCCUCUAAAAAGCAAUGCUGAACCAACAGUGUCCUCUGAACGUUGUAGUUCUGCUGUUAGUCAGGAUAAAAAAGUUAGUUGUCCUGUUUGCCAGACCGAGGUUUUGGAAACCAAAAUAAAUGAACAUCUAGACUCUUGUCUGACAUAACCUUUGAAAUGCAAUCUAACAAUUAAGUGCUAAGAAUUGUUUGAAAUCUUCAAAUUACAUUGCUCAGGGUUUAUCCAGUUAUGAUUGUUGUCAUGUGCCUGUACACUGGCCUGUAUUGUCCAAGCUGGAAACUUUCCUAUAUGUGUAAAGUGGAGUCUGAAUUUCAGCAUGAAGGGAGGGCAAUUCUGAUUUUUUGGAGUUACAGGUUAGGAUCUGAUUUAUAUACUCUCACGGUGCUUGUUUCCCAAAAUUGCCUAAGGCUAUAUGUACACUACCAAGCCUACAUCAGCAAAUAUAUAUGCCAGCACAGGUGACAGAAGGAGGAAUUCUGUUGGUGUGGGAAAAGCGCCUCCCUGAACGAUUUUAGCUGUGCCAACAGAAGCCCUCUUCUGUCCGUAUAGCUGUGGUCUAUGUCGGUGGUAUAGUUCUAAUAAGUGUGUCGCUAUGAGAGACAGUUAUUCUACACCCCGACCAACAUAGCUAUGUCGGUAUAAAGUCGGAAGUGUAGACCAGGCCAAAUACACUCCUGAUUUUAGUAAAUGCAAUUGUGGUUGGGUUACAUUUUUACUGCAGAACCUAAGUAUGUCUCCUCCCAUGGUAAUACUUACUAAAUUCUGAAAUCUUAGAUGAGUUCUAAAAGCAGCUUAACAUUUUUAACCAUGUUUUGUCUUUUUGUACUUCUCCUUGGUCCCCAAAAUGUUCUUUAACUUACCCCUGGCCACCUUUAAAUUUAACUUCUAAACUGUCCCCUUCCACAUACACGGAUACCAACUUAUCAGUUUACCACAAUGAAAAUGUGUUAAUGGGCAUUUUUUAUAUUAUUAUAACACCAAAUAUUGUGUUUUGGCCACAGCUACCAACUCUCCAGAGAUCAGUUUCACCCAAAACUUUUUAAAGGGCAGGUAGGAAUGAGGGUGGAAUUAGAUUCAAAUUAUGGCUAUGUCCACAUUGCCAGCGAGGGGUGUGAUUUCCCCUGCUCAUGUACACAUACUCGCUCUAGCUCUCUUCAAUACAUACCCACUAGUUUCAGGUGGGUAGGCACUCAGCUCAGCCAUAUCUCUGCUGCUGCUACCUGUUACUGCAGCUACAUUGCUAUUUAUAUUUGCACUAGUUGGAUGAGAGUGCAAGUACGUAUACACAACCAGGGGAAUCACACCUCUCGCUGGCAGUGUAGACAUAGUUUGUCUUCAUCAAAAAUGGGGAGCAGCUUAGAAGUUUAAAAAAAAAUACAAGAAGUCUGUUUUAGUAUAAUCUUGAGUAAGUGAAAGCAUGGGUAGAAAAUUAGUGAUAUGGGAGGGAUUCUAGAUACUUAAUACUGCUUGGUGCAUUUGAAUAAGCAUUAGGCUGUAGAUUUAAGGACCUAUUAGCGAUACAUAUUGGGUUUUGAAGCAUUGGUUAAGAGGGACAGGAAUAGGAGCUGAGGAAUUUAAACAUCCUUAUAGUGUUACGGCAUAAGAUUAUUAAUUUUUGUUUGGCCACUUUGGCUUGUUUUUAAUGUGCAUUGUUGGCAUGCAGGCAGUAACAGCUAAUUCAUGGUCCAACAAUUUCCGCUUUUUUCCUUCUCUCCCUCGCACUGGCCUUGCUGCUUAUAUUGACACUUCAGUGGCUUUCACACAGUCCAAGAAUGUGUAGUAUGCAUUUCUGUAUAUUUGAACCCUAAAGGCUAAAACCACCAAGAGUAAAAAUAGGGGUGAGUACAAGUAGCAAAACUAGAAGACAUUGUCAUAUCACUAGUCCUGCCACAGAAUUCUAACUGAAGACCUGAAUUUAAAUGAAGAUUUCCAAUUGAAUUCACAUUCCAGAAAGGCAUCAGAUUGCAAUCAGUGGCAGAGCUUUGCUUCGCUUCCUUACCAGCCUAAUUAAUAGUUCAGUCAAUAUAUGCUAACAGCAUUCUAUUACAUGUUAUGAAUACCAAGUAAGAUGUAUAAAGCCUACUGAAAUGUCUACAGUUCUGUUGGUGCAUUAAAGAUAUUUAACUGACUGGUUUGUAGGUGACUUGAGCAAUACUUUCACAGUUUAAACUAGCUUUCCAGACAAACAUAUUAUACACUAGGUUGAUUUUUGUACUGCUGGUAGGUAUAUAGGGUGGCUAUGAUGCAGACAAAAGUGUAAAUACAGGUUGUCUUGUUAUAAAUGUAACGUGGUUUACAGUUGACUUCCUCUGAAAUGAGGAAUAAACAGAUCAGACAGUUAUGGAAUUUGACCAGUGCUAACUAAUAUCUGGUUUCAAAGUAUAGGAAAAAAAAUCCCUAAGAAUGCAUAGAAUGUACAUGUUUUUUUGUAGAAACUGCAUUUUAAAAUACUGACAUUACAGAAAUGUUUUAAUAACCUUAACAAAAAUGUCUUGCAUAUUCUGAAUAAAUCAUGAUGCUGAACCUUGGGUGGUUAAGUCUGGUUUUCACAUGGCUGUCAAUGACCAUCUUUUUUGCUCUUUAGACACAAUUGUACAACAAUAGUCACUUUUAACAGUUUACUCCAACAUCUGCACAACCUUCCCUUCUUAACUACCCCACAAACCCAAACCUUGCUAUGGAAUGAUAUUUACUCCUGGGGGGAUUCUGUGCCACUGCACAUGUACGCAGAGUUCAUGUCCCCUGCAGCUUUCUUUGUUUCCCUGCAGAAAAAUGAUUUCUGAAGGCAAAGCAAAGGGAAGCCAUAAGAGCGCUCAUGCACCCCUCCAUGGGUGCGUCAAUUUGGGCAUCCGGAGUAGCCGGGGGAGAUGUAAAUCACUGCCAGAGAAGUGGUGGUAGAGGAGGGGGAGUGGGACUAUGCGAGCGAGCGACUCUGUCACUCGCUAUCACAAUGGUCCUGGUGUGGAGGGGCCAGGCUUCAGGGUGUUUCUGAGGAGGUAGGUGUGGGCUGGCCCUGGCCCCCUCAGGCAGAGCAGAAUGUUAA